GAUCUAAUCGCAUCUCAACUGCAACAAGGUUCAGUCAAUACGGAGUGCCACAACUUCAAGCCCACCACACGAAUACCACCACAUGCCACCACAUCCAUCUUUCAGCUCAGCCCAACGCCGGUGCCCGUCCGUCACACACACACCUCAGAAGUUGGAGCUCGCUGGUCCAGUCUUCCUGGUCAUCUGAAACAAAUCCGUCAACGGCUGACACACUCUUCACCCGAUCACACGGCGCUGCUCUUCCACGUUUUCUUGCGUUUCCUUUCCUUGCCUCCCGUUCUCCCUUACCCCCUUAUUGAGAAGCUGAAGCAGUCCCUCCAACGAUGAAAUUUCCAUCCCACCAACCGCUCUCCCUCCCUCCCAUUCUGCUCUUAGGGAAAUGACCGUUCAGAUACCAGUCGCCACGCUACGCCACUCACACAAACUCGAUGCCCGCUACCCUCACCGCGAUGCUACCACAGCCUCUGCCGCUGUCAUCCUGAAGCCGUUCCCCAGAAUCUGAACUGAUCAUCCCGGGAGUUCCCCAGCCCGAUCCCGUCCCUCCCAAACUUCUGAGCAAGAGUUUGAGGGCACACCUAUUCUUCAACUCUCCUUUAUUUUCGUCUUCUGCUGGAGCCCGACACUCUCUUGUGCGCUUCUCAUCUUCACUGCCAACCAAUGCGACCUUCUAGUAAUGUGUAUUAAGCUACCGCGACCUCGUGUGCGACUCGCAGUAGCCCUAGAUCUACUAAUCUGAGACAUCCUUCGCCAUACAACGGGCCACAUUCCAGCUCGUGUCAGUUCGAAUAUCCGUACAUUGUUAUACCUACUCGAGCGAUCGAGCUACUCGACCGCGAGGGACACCCCAACUUCGGUUCGGCGCCCCUUUAAGCUUAAAUCAAGGGAGAGACUCGCCCAACUCCUGAUCCCGACGUCCAUCACUCGAUUCAGGCCGUACACUCAAAACACCAGAAUGUCCACGACUUAUCACCCUCCUUCGGUGGCCGAUGUCCCUGUCACCACCAUGGACGACUGCCACACCACAGAUCAAGGGUGGCUAGCCUCGGACCCGGUCGACGAGCUCAUGCGCGUCGUCGACGCCGUCCCGGCGCCGGCCCCCUCGUCGCCGUUCACGCAGGCCGCCAGCGAUAAGACUGUUGCGCCUGGAGAUUAUCCAGACCAUCACAUGCCGGCCGAUGACACGUCAACGCCAGUUGGACUCCCGCGAUCGCGCCCCAGAAGCGCAACUGUCCGGAGGCAUUCGUCCAUGCCCGCCCCCAACCCAGCCUCGCCGACGCGACGUCGUAUCUUUGGCAUGGAGCCCGCGCGAUCUGUCUCCGAUCAACUCAUUGCUACCACGGACCAAGAAUCUUCCUCAGAUGAGACGGUGGUCCCUGCCGAGAAAGAACAGGACGAGGAAGCACCAGUCCGCCCAGCAUCACCUACAGAGUCCACCCUCACCAGCUUCACAGCUCUCACUGAGAGAACUCACGGCUCCGGCAGCUCCAGCGGCAGCGGCUCAACCAUCACCCAAGCAUCGUGGCCCAGGCGCAGAGGAAGUGAAAAGUCGCGAGCCCACGACAAGUCAUACCUCAAAACUCGUCGCCAAAGCCGCUCACCAAAGACCCAACAGCAGCUCUCCUCAUCAAACGUCUUGAGCUACCUCGAACCAGACUCGCCCAACAUAACUCCAGAAGCCAUCCAGCGCUCAGUCGAGCAGUCGUCCUACUGGAGGAUGCCCGACCCCGCCGCCGCAAGCUACCAGUCGCCCUCGACGCGGAGCACAACCUCGACGGCCUCAAGCAGCUUCCAGAGCGAUGUCUUCUCCGAGAUGGGCACCGGCGACCACGAGACCGACAGGAGCAGCAGCCCAGAUCACAGCAUCUACGGCGACUCCCCCUCCAUGCCGGGCAAGUUUGAGGUCCCCAUGCCCCCCAGUCACGGACACGGCCAACGGCAGCGCGACUACCGCCACUACGGCACCCCCGAGAUGCCGCGCGGGACCGCAAACCUGCCUCACCUCCCGCCCAACGCUCUCCAGCCCCGUCUCCCCGGCACGCAUCACGGCCACCCGAAGCACCUACCCAGGGCAGAGAAGCUCCCGCUCACGGGGUACGAGCUGAUCGCUUCCAAGCUCUGCGCCGGCGACGACACAGAGAGGUCAAGCAUAAAGCCCAUCUACCGGCGCUUCGAGGCUCUCAAUCACCGCCUGCUGCUUCACCUGCAGGACGAGCUCGCCGAGCUGGAGGAGCAGCUCCACCGCCUCGACACGGCAGACACGCAGACCCGGCGGAUGCAGAAUUGCUUCCUGCCGGCCUCGAGGCGGCAGGACUCCCUCACCGCGGGCGAGCUGCAGUGGCACAAGACGGAUAUCCUAGGCAAAGUCGGCUACAAGCUCAGCCAAUACAACCACGUCCUCUCAUCCUUCAGAGAGACACAGCACCUCCCCAACCCAGACCCCCAAGACGUAGACUUCUACCGCGCCUACCUCGCAAACCACAACCCCAUAGUCGAAAUCGAAACACGCUUCCUCGAUCCCGCAGACGACCUCGUCUCCCUCGCCCGCCCAACCUCUCCAUCCUCCUCCGCCUCAGACUCCAGCUUCUCGAGCGACGACCUCCGCACCCCUCAACCGCGCCACGCAAGAAUGCCCUCCCUCUCCACCCUGCUGACUCCAGAAAGUCAAAGCGCAGAUAGGGCGGAGCGUGUCCGUCGCCUGCUGAUCUCGGCUUUGACGGGGUACCUUCCCACCCUCGCCAUCGCCUUUGCUGCCGCGUUCUUGCUGCCGAUCCUCGCGUUUGCGGUAAUCCCGGGGUUCGUGGGGCGUAUGGCUGUUGUGUUGCUUGUUGCUGUUGGCGUUGCUGCUGGUGUGGCGCAGGCGGGGUUGUUUAGUAGUCUCGGGGCGGAUCGUCCUGCGAGGGUGGCUGCUACGGAGGGGGUGUUGGCUUCUGGGGUUUAUGUUGGUGUUAUGGCUGUUGUUGCUGGGAUCUUUGGCUAAGAUAUGAAGGAGUGCGUCGGUGUUUAAUGAUUUGAUGGGUUUGAUGGAAUUUGCGGUAGAUGAUGAUUUAAUGAUGAAUGAUAC